GCUUCCUUAUUAAAGGAAAGAAAGAAGUGUCAAAUUAAACGAGACAGUGAGACUCGGAAGAUGUCGCCGGAGAAGAAGAGUCGAAACUUUCCUCCGAUAACGGAAUGCGGAGGCGGAGAUCAUGGUUCGAUCGCCGCCGAUCUGGACGGGACUCUGCUUCUGUCGAGAAGCUCCUUCCCUUACUUCAUGCUUGUCGCAGUUGAAGCCGGAAGCCUUUUCCGUGGCUUAGUCCUCCUUCUCUCGUUACCGAUUGUCAUUAUCUCUUACAUAUUAGUCUCGGAAUCUAUGGGGAUCCAAAUCCUCAUCUUCAUCUCCUUCGCCGGUCUCAAGUUCCGCGACAUCGAGCUCGUCUCUCGCGCCGUUCUUCCACGGUUUUAUGCGGCGGACGUGAGGAAAGACAGUUUCGAGGUGUUUGAAAAGUGUAAGAGGAAAGUGGUGGUGACGGCGAAUCCGACAGUGAUGGUGGAAGCGUUUGUGAAGGAUUAUCUCGGAGGAGAUAAAGUUCUUGGAACGGAGAUUGAGGUUAAUCCCAAGACCAAAAGAGCCACCGGAUUUGUCAAGAAUCCUGGUGUUCUUGUUGGUGACCUUAAGAGAUUAGCCAUUUCGAAAGAGUUUGGAGACGAUGGAUCACCCGAUCUCGGCAUCGGUGAUCGAACCUCCGAUCACGAUUUCAUGUCUAUUUGCAAGAAAGGUUACAUGGUUCAUGCGAGCAAGUCAGCCACGACAAUUCCAAAAGAACGUCUAAAGAACCGAAUAAUCUUCCACGACGGCCGUUUGGUCCAGCGUCCAACGCCGUUAAACGCCAUUAUCACUUACCUCUGGCUUCCAUUUGGCUUCAUCCUCUCAAUCAUCCGCGUCUACUUCAACCUCCCUUUACCCGAAAGAUUCGUCCGUUACACUUACGAGAUGCUCGGAAUACAGCUAACCAUCCGUGGCCACCGUCCUCCUCCUCCUUCCCCCGGAACUCCCGGUAACCUCUACGUUCUCAACCACCGCACUGCACUUGAUCCCAUCAUCGUAGCCAUUGCUCUCAGACGCAAGAUCUCUUGCGUCACUUACAGUGUCUCUCGUCUCUCCUUAAUGCUUUCUCCUAUUCCUGCUGUCGCUCUCACCCGUGACCGUGCCGCUGACGCUACCCGCAUGAGAAAACUUCUCGAGAAAGGGGACUUGGUGAUAUGUCCGGAAGGCACGACGUGCAGAGAAGAGUAUCUACUGAGAUUCAGCGCCUUAUUCGCAGAGCUCAGCGACAGAAUCGUGCCGGUGGCGAUGAACUGUAAACAAGGAAUGUUCAACGGAACUACGGUGAGGGGUGUCAAGUUUUGGGACCCUUACUUCUUCUUCAUGAACCCAAGACCUAGGUACGAGGCCACUUUCUUGGAUCGCUUGCCUGAAGAAAUGACUGUGAGAGGCGGCGGUAAGACGCCUUUCGAUGUGGCUAAUUACGUCCAGAAAGUGAUCGGCGACGUGUUGGGCUUCGAAUGCACCCAACUUACUCGCAAGGAUAAGUAUCUUUUGCUCGGAGGUAAUGACGGUAAGGUGGAGUCUAUCAACAAAAAGUGAACAGAACCAAAGUGGCUUCUUUCUUCUUAAUUACCAUCCCACUUUGGAGUUACUUUAGCUCAUAUAUAUACGUGCUAGUGAUAUAUAAACUCUGGAGCUAUAUUGCAUGUCAUCAUAAUGGUUGAUUGGUUGGAGAAUGGAACGGUUUUAUUUGAAGAUGAACUGGUUAUUAUAUUUCAAAUUUUUUUUUUUUAAUUGUCUUUUCAGUUUUUCAAUGUAGAACUCUUAUUUUCCUAAGCUGUAGUAUUUUGCGAUGCCAGUUUUGUAAUUUGUAUACGGAUGUGUUUCAUUAGAGGUUUAAAUAUAUAUAAA